UAGCACAUAUGGCCCAGUUCGGGAGGCUUUCAACAUUAAAGACUUCAGAGAGUACUUCCAUUUAGGACCACCAUUGGCAGUUAAUUUCUGCGUCGUGUAUAACAAUGUCACAGAUUUACCAUACUGAGAAGAUUUAAAGUGUCAGAUAAAAACCGCAAUUACAAUCGUUGAACAUGUUACGAUUGUUACGCUCAAGAGUGGUCUGGAUCACCAUCCGAGUUCUGUUUUGUUUAUUUGUAACUAUGGAAGCGGUUGAAAGGAAGUCGAUAAAACGGGAAAAUACUAAAACCUCAAAUUCUACUAAUCAAAAUUCGACCACAAUUACUCCUUCCACUACUCUAAAAGGCAUGAGCGUCAAAAAAACUACACCAGCAGUGUCUGAUUAUUCAAAAGAAAUAGAGACUGUUUUGAAAAAAGAAAAACUGAUCGGACCUAAACUAGUUACUAGAGCACCAAAACAUCUUCUUAAAGUGUCAUACGGUGGAAAACCAGUGCAUCUAGGAACUUCAUUUGACUCAGAUGAAGUAGUGAAUGAACCAACACAUAUCAGUUGGCCUUAUGAAGACAACACGUACUAUACCUUCAUGGUGAUUGGACCUGACGUACCAUCAAGAGAGAAUCCAGAUCCGGAGUUCCUCUCUUCGUGGGAACAUUGGAUGAUCGGAAAUAUUCCUGCGAAUAACUUAUCGGCAGGUGAUGUGCUAUCCGAGUACGUCGGUAUCACUGGCCCCGAGUAUGAAAUAGGGACUCAUCGAUUGGUGUUUUUAGUUUUCAAACAGAAUCCAGUGAGACAAUGGACCCUGGAGGGCAUGACCGUUAAUCAAACCAUAAUGUUCAAGGAGGGCUUACUGAAGAAAAAGGUAAUCGGUUUGAUGAGAUCGUCGUUUUACCCGAGGAGGAUACCAAAGAAGUACAACAUGGUGUUGGACCCAAUCGCUGUCAACUUCUGCGUCGUGCACCAAAAGAAACCCGUAUACGUCGAGCCAACUGAGCCUCCGGACGAGACCGAGACGCCGGAGGACUCGGAAGAACAAGAAGAACUGAGGAGGGCCAAGGCUG